GUUUGCCUGAGGGACAGAGGCUGCAUGACUGAAUAUCCUGGAGUGCAUUAUUUUUAAUUUUGGCAUCCAUGGCAAUACUCUGAGCCUGUGGAAAUCACAUCUGGGCUGAACCUGCUCCUUUGCUGAAUGAGGUCUGAAACCUGAGGUUCCAGUGGUUGCUAAAACACAUUUAGUGCUGGUCUGAUUCCUGGUGGGCAGGAGAUUUCAACUACCUGAAGAACGCUUCCCAGGCAGGCAAUCAACUCUGUAAGGUGAGAACUUCAGCUAUAUAGAGAGAGCUCAGCCUCUCUCAGCACCUCUUUGUGGUGUUCCUGGCACUGAGGAGAUUCCUGCCAGCUCAGAAGAAUCCUAAGCCUUGUCCUGAGGGUCUCCUGCUCCAUCCCUGGAGGAGUCACCUGAGGAUCCGUGUCUCCAACAUGGAGAGGCUCUUUUCAUUUCUUACUGUCAGGCUGGGAGCAGUUAACACCAAGAUUGCUUGCUUGGGUCCUGGUCAAGGUGUAACACAAGAAAGAACAAAGAUGAGGAGUCCGGAGGGAUCAGAGUAGCAGCUUGAGGAGCUAAUUGAACAACAUGGAACUCCAGUGACUCAGCAGUGGAAGGGUCACCAAACUUGGGUCUCCAGGAAAGGCAAAAUAAAUCACCAACAAUCCAAAGCCACGAAUCAUUAACUAAAGUAUUACCACAUAGCACAACACCACAAAUCCACCCACAGUUGCUUUCCAACGCACCUUCAGGCUACAACCUGCAGGAGAAAUCUCUUCCACAGCCCCUACUCUGACCACAGCAACAUGGCUUUGAGGCUUUGCUGUGCCUGGAUUUCCAUUCUCCUCCUCCUGCCCGGCCUCUUGGAUGGAGGGAAGCUCCUGGUGGUGCCCAUGGUGGGAAGCCACUGGCUGAGCAUGAAAGAUGUGGUGGAGGAGCUGAGCCAGAGAGGCCAUGAGGUGGUGGUGCUGGUUCCUGAGGUGACCUGGCUGAUAGAGACGACGCAGAACUACAAGGUGGUCACACACCCGGCAAGUCAGCCCCUGGAAGAGCUGGAUAAUGCAUUCCGGGAAUACGUUGGUGUGCACCUGACAGAGAAGCCUUUCCCCCUCAAUGCGCUGGCGAUGUACAAUGCCUCAGUGCAUGUAUUCAGCACCUUCUUUGGGCAGUGCAAGGACUUGUUCCGCAGCCAGGAAACCCUGAGGUUCCUCAACCAAAGCGGCUUUGAUGCCAUCCUGACGGAUCCGUUCUUUAUGUGUGGGGCCAUCCUCGCCCACCAUCUCUCCCUUCCCUUUGUGUUCUUCAUGAGGGGAUUGCCUUGCAACCUGCAUCUUUCAGCCCCACAGUGCCCGAGCCCUCUGUCCUACAUCCCCAGAAUAUUCAGCUUCAACUCAGACCGCAUGACUUUCUUCCAGCGGGUGGAGAACGCCCUGAUUUCCCUCCUGGAACUUGACUAUUGUAAUGGUCUCUAUGGAGAAGCACUUAAGCUUUCCUCAGAAGUUCUUCAGAGAGAUGUGUCCCUCACAGAUCUCGUGAACUCCGCUGCUGUUUCGAUCAUGAGAUUUGACUUUGUGUUCGAGUACCCCAGGCCAGUGAUGCCCAACAUGGUCUUUGUUGGGGGGAUCAACUGUGCUAAGGAGAAACCACUGCCUAAGGCUUAUGAAGACCCCUCUAAACCUGAUAAACAAGGCAAAGAAUAA